AUGCCACGUGGGAACCUUAUGAAGCAUUUCGAGACCGAUUUCCAGAGGUCUGACAUCAAUCAGAUUAUCCCAUCAGGCUCGAGACUAGCUGUUUGCAAGGGGGAGGGGCAACCAUCUCAAAGUAAGCUGUAUCAUGUACUCACUCUUCUCCCAAAGAGCAGAAGGAUUGCUUUAGCAAGUAAGUGGGAUCAGGCGCUGACGCAUACGAAAAAGGCAAGACUGCUCUGCAAACUUGGAGGCAUUUUGGAUUGAGUUGGGCAUUUGUUGAUCCAAAGACACCAAUUGAAAAUGGGGUGAAGUUUUGUGCUUGUGUGAAGGAGUUCUUUCCAUGGCUCAGGAUGCCAUUGCAGGUUGUUUAUGUUAAUGAAACAAGAAACCCUAAAUUGGUUGUUUCUUCUUUUGGUUUUGGUGGAGGCACUCUCAGGGGACACUUACUGGUGUGUGUGUACUUUCUUUCCUCUUUUUGUAUGUGUAAUGUUUUCAUUUGAUAUGAUGAG